CCAAGUCAAGAACCCCCUGCCCGGUCCCGCUCAAAAACUGUUUUAAUUCCCCGCUGUUAUGUGUGUGAUGUUUCAUUCGUUUCGAUACUAAGAAACAACACUCUUAGAAAUACUGGGAAGAAAAAUCUCUUAUUAACAACUCCAUCAGUUCAAAGUGUUAUACACAAAACUCGCUGGCGUUAUCGUCAAAUGAACUCUGUUGUGUAACUACUGAGUCGACAACUUUUCUCGGCUUGUUUUGUUAUGUUGUUGCUAGUGAUUGAUGUGUCCACUUGAUUUUGCAAUCUUUUCUGGAACGGAUUAUAUAAUCUCAACUCGCGCGCAUAAGACGUCCAAGUUUUCUCCAUACAAGUUGAAUUUCCAUCGCUCGAUCGUCUUAUUAUAUCAUCAUCUUCCAGUGAGACCGGAUCCGGUUCUUUCGCUAUACACAGACACGCUAGCAGGUCGUAACGAGGGACUUUGGAGAGCAAUCAUCGAGCUUUUCAGCUUAAGAAUGGUGACGGCAUAGUGAAAAAACAAUAGACGACUUGCGUCAUUGUACAUAUAUAAAAAUAUAUCGGGAGUGAGAAUCGCCAGUGAAUAAAAAUCGUCGGCGUUCGCACGUUCACCGGAUUUUCACGCUCUUCUAGAUCCAAAAUGAUUUGUGGUGGCAGAUGCUGAAAAGAACUUUUGGGUGUGAAGAGUUCGUGUAUAAUCCGAGAAUCAAGAAAGAAGCGAGUGGGGGGCCGGGGAGGAUAAAAGUGAAAGCAAAAGAAAACGGAAACCAAAGGUCAAAAUAUAAUACAACAACUUAAUAAAUUAUAUAGAAGGAAAUAUAUACGUUUCGACGCUAUAUCGGCUCACGUAAUGAUAGGACGCACGACGCUGCACAGCCCUUGACACUCCCUUCUUUUGGAGAGUUGCUGGGCUAAAUUGGCGACGACUUAUAUAUCAGCCCGACGACUAAAAGUUGUUACAGACACCACAGCAUCCCGCACAAGUGCACUGGCUGCUGCUGGGCGUGAGAGCUGUGUUGGUCAAAUUUCAAGUUCAGUCGUCUCUGGUCGGUUGCCGAGUCAACAAGUCCGCACCCGAUUUUCAACAAACACAAAUAAUCGAUAGAUCGACAACAUUUAUAGACAUCAUCCGCCAAAGUGGGGGGGUUGUAUAUUGGAUAUCAUUCGGACUUUACUUAUUUGGCGGAUUCCAAUUUAACUAAGUGCUAGACGAACGACCAUCUGCUCUUCUGUGAACCUCUUCGUACCAUUUUGCAGAACGCCAAGAGUUUUCACGCAGCGACACCGCCAUCGGCCAUCGGCAGCAUCCAGUGCCUCUGGUGUUCACUUUUUGGAUUUCGGCUGGCAGGUCGUCUGCUCUCUCAAGUUCAACCGUCUCAACAACAGUCACCUUCGGUCGGGCGCCGAGUCAACACUGUUCGUUCGUCCUCCAAAGAAUUUUACAUUUCCCAAAAAAUAAAAAUAAAAAGUGUGGCGUGCUCAACAAAAACUCUACCGAAACAUUCUCAUAACAUUCCAUUGAAUUUCCCGCCUUUGGCGAAACGCUGACUCAUCAAAACUUUCUCUGCUGUUGUGGUUGUUGUUGCCGGUGAUUGAUGACCAAUUGCUGCAGUGGCCCAAUUUUUGUUUCCAACGGAUUACAACUAUCGUCCAGCAAUUCCUUUUGAAUCUUCCAGUUAGCGAGUCCAGCCCGGUGUCUUCGCCGCCACAAGCAGGUGGCGCGUUCAGUUUGUCUCCGUGAAUGGAGAGAGCUGUCGAGAAAACAAACCCAACCGGCUGUCGUCAACGGAACCAAAAGGAAAAAUCUAUCCGCUGGAUUUCUGCUUGCAGCCAGGGCUGCGGUCUCGGCCAUCAACAUGACGUCCUCUGGCGCCUUGUUGGCGUGUUGUGGCGUCUGAAUGUGUGAGAGACAUACAAAAUCUUGACAGGGUGUUCGUCCGUCCUCAAUUGUGGCCGGCCAGCCGACGAAAUAGAAACAGAAAAAUAAAAAUAAGGAGCCCAAAGUGAAAGCGGAAAAAAAACAUGGAAGGGCUUCAUUUGCUUGAUAGCGUGGCGUCCGGCGUGACUAGCGAUGGCGAAAUAGCCAACGAUUCAUGGCCAACAGUGACGGCCGCCGCUGUUGGCAACUGCAGCAAUCCGCUGGAAGAAGUGGAUUGGUCACAACCGGGAUUGAUCAUCUCCUUGGUCAUCCUGGGCGUCGUCAAUGUCCUGGUCCUUUUCGGCAACUGCCUGGUCGUCCUGGCCGUUUUUCUCGACUCCAAACUGCGGACGGUCACCAAUUUGUUCAUCGUCUCGCUGGCCAUGGCCGACCUGUCGGUCGGUUUGGCCGUGUUGCCGUUCAGCGCCUCGCUGGAAGUGCUGGACAUGUGGAUUUUCGGUGAGAUUUGGUGCUCCAUCUGGUUGGCCGUCGACGUUUGGAUGUGCACGGCUUCCAUUCUGAAUUUGUGCGCCAUCAGCCUGGAUCGCUACCUGGCCGUCACCCGGCCCGUUUCCUAUCCCUCCAUCAUGACGCCAUUCCGGGCCAAGAUCCUUUUGGCCGUCGUCUGGCUCCUGAGUUUCGUCAUUUGUUUCCCACCGCUGGUCGGCUGGAACGACCGCAAAAUCAACCGGCAUCCAUCCCAGCAGCACUGCGACGACUGGUCGUGCGAGUUGACCAACGACCCGGGCUACGUCGUCUACUCUGCGCUGGGCAGUUUCUUCAUCCCCAUGCUGGUCAUGCUCUUCUUCUACUGGCGCAUUUAUCGGGCCGCCGUCGAGACCACCAAGGCCAUCAAUCAAGGCUUCCGCACAACCAAGGAAGAAGGCGGAGGAUACGGGCGACAGUGCGUGGAGAAUAAAGAGCGGCUGACGUUGAGGAUUCACAGGGGGCGGUCGGGACAGAAACCGUCGGCCGCUCUGACUUCGGUCCUCCUGGCCAAACAUGGUUGCCCUCCGGGACUGGGCCCGGCUCUGGCCGGCCUGGCUGAUCGUGAUAUCGUCACCCGUUUAACGUCUGACAGCACGACGCCGGCGGCGGCGGCGGUGGUGGGGACUGGCGAAAUUCCAAGGAUCGAUCUCCCGCAGAUUACCGUGACGGCCGCCACUUCGUCGAUCGAAACCGAUUGCGACCUGUGUCGCAAUGGCGAGCAGGAUCGGCUCUAUCAGCAGCAACAACAGCAACAACAGCAACAACAGUUGCAACAGCUCCAGCAGAUGCACCAGCAAGCCUCGUCCGGCUUGCGGGAGAACGUGUCCAACGCCUCCCAGGCUUACAAAGUCCUGUACAUGGAGACGCCGUUGUGCAGUUGCGGGCGGAUCAGCGGGACCAACGGCCGGGCGUCCAAGGCGGGCAACAACAAGCGAAGCGCAUUGGAAAUUUUCCAGACGGGCGGCAAUCACGGCAAGAAGAACAACAGGUCCAAAUACAACGGUGGACAUCGCUGUCUGUCUCCCAGGAUGAGCGGCGUAGACGACGGAGUCGAUCCUCUGGGAUCGGCCAACAACCACAACAGCGCCAAACCCUUGAAAAUGAACCGACGCAGCAACAUCAAAGCCCAAGUGAAGCGGUUCAAAAUGGAAACCAAAGCUGCCAAGACAUUAGGAAUUAUUGUUGGUGGGUUCAUCGUGUGCUGGAUGCCGUUCUUCACGAUGUACGUGGUGCGGGCGUUUUGUCCGCAGUGCAUCCCGUCGGUGCUGUUCUCCGUCCUCUUUUGGCUGGGCUAUUGCAACUCGGCCAUCAACCCGUGCAUCUACGCCCUUUUCAGCCGCGAUUUCCGCUACGCCUUCCAGAAGAUCGUCUGCCAGUGUCUGUGCACUCGACGCUCGCACGCCCAGCACCUCAGCAUCAUCAAGAUGAUGGUGCCGCAGGGCAUGAUCGCCGGACUGGGCAGCGCUGCCUUCAACACCGACGACUCGGAUCCUUACGCCAACGAUCACUCGGAUCAAUCCAACUGAUGAAUUUCAUAUUUACAAUUGAAGCGAUCAACAUUUUUAAAAAGAAUUCCUUUUUUAAUUCUUUGGUUAACGUUUGUUUAACUGGGAAUGUUCACGAAAAUGCACACGAUAUUAGGGUAGGUGAUAAAAGUAAUUCGAUGGCGAAAUGACGACAAACCCCUCACAAAGUCUUAAUCAUUCCUUGUAACAAAUGUUUUGAUUUGAACUUUACGUUACCUCACUAGUCUCUCUCUCUAUUAUAAAUAAUUACAUUAUUUGGUUGCCAAGGGAGUAAUUAUUCUUUUAACAAAUCGUUUCACGCAGGGAAAGAAUGUAGCGCAAACAAAUCAAAUUAUUUGUCGAUUGCAUCAAUUAUGUACAUUUUGACUAUUAUAUAUAUUGCAUAACAAGGUAAAAACACUUUUCUUUUCGUUUGAAUCAUUUGUUAUCAUUUCCCAUGAAUGUUUUUUUAUGUUUCGCAUCAUAUUAUUUACACACUGGUGUUUUACGUACACACGAAAUACGUAUCGAAUUUCGUUUGGGGGAAAAACACCGAUAUAGAGCUGUUUUAAUCAACACCCCAAUUAAAGUCGAUCCUAUUUCGUGAGAAACCCCCCGCCCCCCGCUCCCUUUGACCGUGAUCACGCCCCCCCCCCCCCGUUCGUGUUAUCAUCGAUGUGUGUACAGUUUCAUAUAUACAAGUAACAUUAGAUUGCGAGAGAGGCUAAAAGACAAAAUUGUUGUAGAGAAAAGAAGCAUUUGAAAAGUGAUGUGCAGUAUCAAAAAUCGCCGGAAUCAUGUUUCUCUUGAUGUAGACUAAUUUUUUGUUAUUUGAACGGAGAACCGUGAGAUAAUUUAUAAAUGGUGUUUAACCCUCCCCCCCCCUCUACUUGUUUUAAUGCGUUUCAAAAUAAAUUACACCCCCCAAAGUCACACGCACA